CGGAGCUGAUCUCGGGCUCCCAUUGGCCGCUGUCUUUUGUGACGUCACGAUCAUGAUGAGAAUUGAUGAUCGGACACGCUGAUUUCAUUGUCUGAGGCGGCAGUGGAGACCCAGGAAAAAUCUCGCAGAAUCCGCCUGCUCUGGCCCUGGUCUCAUCUUGGAUCCUCUGAUCUUUUCCGUGACCGCACCACGCCCGAGAUGAAUCUCCGUUCUGUAUUUACUGUAGAACAACAAAGGAUUUUACAGCGUUAUUAUGAAAAUGGAAUGACAAAUCAAAGUAAAAAUUGCUUUCAGCUCAUAUUACAGUGUGCACAGGAGACUAAGCUGGACUUCAGUGUAGUCAGGACGUGGGUUGGCAAUAAGCGAAGAAAAAUGAGUAGUAAGAACUCUGAAUCAGGAACAGCAGGAAGUGUUUCUGGUACUUCUCUGGUAGCUCCAGACAUUACAGUUAGAAAUGUAGUUAAUAUUGCCCGGCCUUCAAGCCAGCAAUCUUCUUGGACUUCUGCCAAUAAUGAUGUCAUUGUAACUGGUAUAUACAGUCCAGCAAGCUCAUCAAGUAAGCAAGGGACAGCAAAGCAUACAAAUACACAAAUUACAGAAGCACAUAAAAUUCCUAUUCAGAAACCAGCCAGUAAAAAUGACACUGAAUUUCAAUUGCACAUUCCUGUUCAAAGACAAGUAGCACACUGUAAAAAUGCUUCUGUGCUCCUAGGGGAAAAGACAAUUAUUUUGUCAAGACAGACAAGCGUACUAAAUGCUGGAAACUCAGUGUACAAUCACACGAAGAAAAACUAUGGAAGCUCUCCGGUGCAAGCUUCUGAAAUGACAGUACCUCAAAAGCCAUCUGUGUGCCACCGACCUUGCAAAAUUGAACCAGUUGGUAUUCAAAGGUCAUAUAAACCUGAACAUGCAGGUUUGGCAUCGCAUAACAUAUGUGGGCAAAAGCCAACUGUUAGAGACCCUUACUGUAGGACACAAAACUUGGAAAUUCGGGAAGUUUUUUCAUUAGCAGUCAGUGAUUACCCUCAGAGAAUUCUGGGAGGAAAUACCACACAGAAGCCUGGUUCAGCAGAAGGAACUUCUUUGUCCAUUGCGAUGGAGACUGGAGAUGCAGAGGAUGAAUAUGCCAGAGAAGAAGAGCUGGCAUCAAUGGGAGCACAGAUAACGAGCUACACAAGGUUUUAUGAAAGUGGUAAUUCCCUUCGAGCUGAGAACCAAAGUACAACUUUGCCUGGACCAGGAAGAAACCUGCCAAAUUCACAAAUGGUGAAUAUUAGAGAUUUGUCAGACAAUGUACUGUAUCAGAAUAGGGACUACCAUUUGACACCACGGACCUCAUUGCAUACUCCAUCUAGUACUAUGUACAGUAAUACUAAUCCAUCACGGAGUAAUUUUUCUCCACAUUUUGUAUCAUCAAACCAAUUGAGGUUAUCACAAAACCAAAACAAUUACCAGAUUUCAGGAAACCUUACUGUGCCUUGGAUUACAGGGUGUUCUAGGAAAAGAGCACUACAGGACCGCACUCAGUUCAGUGACCGAGACUUGGCUACCCUUAAGAAGUACUGGGACAAUGGUAUGACCAGCCUGGGAUCUGUAUGUAGAGAGAAGAUAGAAGCUGUUGCCACUGAAUUAAAUGUCGACUGUGAAAUAGUUCGGACUUGGAUUGGGAAUCGAAGAAGAAAAUAUCGUUUAAUGGGAAUUGAAGUUCCACCUCCAAGAGGAGGCCCUGCUGAUUUCUCUGAGCAGCCUGAGUCUGGUUCUUUGUCUGCACUCACACCAGGAGAGGAAGCUGGGCCUGAAGUAGGAGAGGAUAAUGACAGAAAUGAUGAAGUGUCCAUCUGUUUGUCCGAAGCAAGCUCUCAAGAGGAGCCCAAUGAAGUCAUCCCAAAUGAGACCAGGACACAUAAGGAUGAAGAGCACCAGGCAGUAUCCGCAGAUAAUGUGAAAAUAGAAAUUAUCGAUGAUGAAGAAAGUGAUAUGAUAAGCAAUUCUGAGGUAGAACAAGUGAAUUCUCUCCUGGAUUACAAGAACGAAGAAGUCAGAUUCAUUGAAAAUGAGCUAGAGAUUCAAAAGCAGAAGUACUUUAAGCUCCAGACUUUUGUUAGAAACCUGAUUCUGGCUAUGAAAGCUGAUGAUAAGGAACAGCAGCAGGCACUGCUGUCAGAUUUACCUCCUGAAUUAGAAGAGAUGGAUUUCAGUCAUGCCUCACUGGAUCCCGAUGAUACCUCAUUCAGUGUGUCUUCUUUAUCAGAGAAAAAUGCCUCAGACAGUUUGUGAUUUGGAUGGGGGAUAUAAUGUAUUCUGUUGGAUGCCUAACAGUCAUACAACUUUGCCACAAAAUUUACCUCAUUUCCAUAUGAGGCCUGAACAGAGCCAUCGACCAACAACAAUAUCAAAAAAGAGUUAAACUACUUUGAUUGUAAUUAAAGUCCUCUGAAUUUCCUGGAUGCUAUUCUAUGAAUACACACCUAAAAUGGGCAUGAUACCCAGUUACUAUUAGUAGGUACCAGAUGGCAGAACACUAUAGACAUCUCUUUGCAGAUCUUCCCUUCCAGAAUACCAGAUGGGAAUACUAAGGUUCAUAGAUGGGAAAAUACUAGUUUCUCCCUAAUCUCACAUUGUCAUAUAUUUGUGACUUGGUUGUGUGAAACUAAAUUACAUGAUUAAAUUAUUAUCUAAUCUUAAAAGAUGAGUGAAGCAGCUAGAUAACUGCGUUAGUUGUCAAGCUUCAGAUAUUUUUAAGUUUUAUAACUGUGGAUGAUUCUGUUCUCAGAAUUCACGGAUACCAAUUUAUGAAUGCAGAAAGGCAGUCACAAAUGCCUUUAACUUGGAAAGGUCCCUUUUCCCCGAUACAUACAAGUAAAGUUCAUUGAUGGUCGUUCAGUUUAUUAACUUUUUGAUUUUAUAUUGCUGCCACACAGAUUGUAUGGCUUCUUUGUCAGCAGAAUUAUUUCAGCAGUCAGCUUCAUGCCCUUUAGCUGAUGGUCAUGUGGUUCUUUGCAAACAACUUUUGGUAUUCCUUGCUGACAAAUCAAAUUCCAUUCAGGGACAAGACCAUUGAGCAACAGAACCUCAAACAUUCCGAUUAAGUUUUUCAGUCACAUAAAGUUCUCCAUGAGUUAAAGAGUCCCCACUAUAGACAACAUAUACAGAAACCAUUUCUUUAUGAUAUUGAGGAUUAAGGCAAGGUCUCCUGUAGCCCAGGCUGGCCUUUAAUUCUCAAUACAGCUCAGGAUGAUGUUGAAUCCUGCUGUUCUUGCCUCUGUUUCCCAAAAGCUAGGAUGACAGAUGUGUUUCACCAUGCCUAGGUUCUACUUCUUUUAGUAUGAACAAAUUUCUUGGGUCAGACUGCUACCAUUGUACCACUGGUCUAAACAAAUUUCUAGUCUCAAAUCUCUGCUACAGUCUUCUUCAAUAUGGUUCAGUUUAUCUUUAAACUCUUCCUAGUCAGUCUUCACUGCAGCGUAAGUACAGCUGAGUCUCUCCUGUAUGUUGUAACACAAUUUUAUUUUUCACACCUUAAAAAUUUGUCACUAAAUAAAAGAAAGCAUUCAUGGAGCUCUUGCUACUGAAAAGACACUGUGUCACACAGUGGAUUUCAUAUCAAUCUGUGGAUUACAAAAAGGAUUAUUUCAGCUGGGUACAAUGGUACAUACUGGUAACUCACAUUGGGUAGACUGAGGAAAGCUGGGCUCCAAAAUACAAAGAAAUAUUUCCUGUUAACUUUUUCAGGGAUAUUAAUUAAAGGUUUCAACUAGCAGUUGUAAUUUAUUUAAGAGUUCUAAUAGAUGUGAUUCUUAGAAGGAAUCUUACAUCUAUAAUUUUGGGAAGACACAUAAAUUGUACCUUUAUUCCUAAAGUUUCAUAAACAUAGAAGGUAUAUGUCCUAACAGUCUACUUAGGACUACCUUUAUCCUGGCAUUUUUCUUUCAGUCACAUAAUUAUAUCUUUUAUGAACACAGGAAUUAAAACAUUUAAAAAUAUUUGUGGGGAUGUUCUAGAGUCAGACCCAAAGGAAACAUUUGCAUCAAUGCAAAAGCAUUUAUACUUUGGCUGAUUGAAUACAUAGCACAAAACUCAAAGAAGAUCAAAUACUAAAAAAAACUAUUAUAAAAAUGGGGAACUAGCUUGGCAUUUGCACAAGGACCCAGCUUCAAUCCCAAGCACUUCAGGAGGACAAAUAUGAAACUACUAUAAUGGAAACAUAUUUUUCAUAUAUAUAUGUGUACUGGAUUUAAUUUUGAGUUUUUUUUUAACAAGAAACAUGACUGUUUUCAUGAAGACAUCUGUGGAUGAUAGUGAAAAUUAACUAACUAGUAUUUUUUCUUUAGAGCUUUGACAAUAUUAUAGCAUAUUACACUAUCAGAAGUAUUGUUCAGAGAAGCAAAAGUAAAUGGGAAUUUUUUUUUCCUACUUAACUGCAUUUAAAUGUUUACGCUUAGGAUACCAAGCAAUUACUUAGCAUAUAAUGUAUAUCUGAGAGCACUCACCUUCUAAAAUGUGAGUUAAAAACAAACCCUGAAACAACAAUAACAACAAAAAGAAGGCACCUUCCUCAUUCAGCCAAGCUAAAAUUAGUUACAAGAAAAUGAGAAUUGCAGUUGCCUUGGAGAAUAGGAAAAUUAACACAUGCAAAGAAAAUGUUAAAAGAAAAUUGGCCUGUUUUGGGAACCUGGGGAUGUUUUGUUGUAAGGUCAGCUAUCAACAGGACUUUUACACUGCAACUGUAAUCAGCGAUAGAAAUGUUUGUUACUGUUGGAGAAAAAAAGGCUCUGGCCCAGUCACAUCCUCUCUUCAGUACACCGUUAAUACAGAGACCUCAAAAGUGACCUAGAGUUCAGUUCUCUAAAGACAGAAACAUCUUUUAGGGCCCUUAUUUUAUGCAGUCUUAUCAGUUUGUAAGAGAAAAGCUAAGUGGUACAUAUAAAGAGACACUGGGUGAUAAAAAUGACUUGUUUCAUUUGUGUGUGUGUGUGUGUGUGUGUGUGUGUGUGUGUGUGUGUGUGUGUGUGUGUGUAGGGGUGUUCAGCCCCUCUUCUUAGAACGAAAUCCUGAAAACUUUAACUGCUGCCUUUUAUCCAUGAGGUAGUGAUGAAAUACCAGGAAUGCUGUGCCCUUUUAACAAAUUUUAUUUUCAUUCAAAUCCCCAAAAUUAAUACAAAGGCAUUGUUCUUUGAAGAGUUACCAUUGCCAUUUUAUCUAAAUGGUAGUUAGAUUCUUUUUGUAGUUGUGUUAAGCUUGACAGACAGCACUGUGCCAUGCCCUUCACCAAGCUAUGCUUUGUAAUGCUCUAAUGAAACAGCCUACUAACUUGUGAAUCUGCAGCUGACAUAAACAAGCCUUUAUUAAGGACAGAUUUGCCAAGGGGGGAAAGAAGAAAGGGAUAUUUUCAUGCUAAUAUAAUUAUGAUUGUUCCAUUAAAUUGUAUACUGGGUAUAUAUUGCUCCUCAUUGAAAUUUUAUUUUGCAUUAACUUACUGAGUAACCCCUUCUAGAAAUCUUGCAUCCCAUUUUACUGGUACUACCUCUGAAGCAUAUUAUCUCUUUAAAACCAUAUCAGAUUGUAAAGUGAAUUUUUGUAGAGUUUUUAUUUAAACUUUUAUAGAUGCAAUAAAUGAUUUCCAACUAACAGACCUCUCUUAGAGUUCAUUUUUCUUUGCGUUGUGCUUUUCCUCUUAAACGUGUAUUAUUUCUGCCUUCAAAUGAGGUUCUGAUAAGGAGAGAAAUUUAAGAUGUUUCGGGAUCAUAGAAUGUUCAAGUGAAAAUUUGGUUAAAAUCUUAAGCUCAUGUGUAUAUCAUUCUAAUGAGUUUUAUGGAGGUAAGUACAAAGCCAGAAAAUGCCAGAAACAAUGGAUGAAGUGACUAUUCUAUGACAAGCAAGAGCUUUGUCCCCAGUAGCAUGCUUAAAUGGUAAGACAACCAAAUACACUGCUGUAGUAUAAAGAGACAAACAAACAGGAUAGUUUUGCAAGCUUUUGUUAAGUACCGAUAUGGCACCUACCUUGUGUUGCCUCCCUUUGACACUAAUUUGGCAUGCUUUUAAUUUGGAUGAAAUACACCUAUGAUUCCUUUGUCAAAGCCUGAUACCAAUUAAAACUCUUUAUGUUGCAUAACUAAUGGAGUGAAAAAGGAGGGCAAAGUGUGAGUUUCCAUCAGAACCUACACAGCUUUCCUUCUCAGCUGAUAAAUUUUCAAAACUGUUGCAAGGAGAAAUAGCACAUACAAGCAUGCACGUCACAUGACUUGAGUCCUUCCAAGAUGUGCAAAAGAAUUAACUGAAGAUGUGGUAGAAUUCUUUGAUUUCACAAAAAUGAAGGAAAAUCAUGUCUCUUUAAAAGACAAAUUCGUGGCUAAAUAUGUUAAAAAG